UACAACGUAGUGUUCUUGUGCUUUCUUCCGUUUCCACUGCACAUUGACUUGUGAAUUUACCACAAUGGUGCGAUCCAUGAUGGUCGACCUAACUAAAAAUUCUCAGUAUUUUGUGCGUAUUUCUAUCUUCGUUCUUUAUUCACCACUCUCCACUAACAAAACGCACUACUUUCAUAAUCAACAUUUAAAUGCAUUUAUGAAUUUCUCCUGCAGCCGACGUCUUCGUCGACUUCUAUUCAUUAGCAGUAGCACCCGCUGUAGCAGCAUUGAAUCGAAACAGCAAAUUGUUUCGCUUGGAAUCGCGAGCAAAGAGGGUCGAGCGUUCGCUUCGUAAAACGUUGUCGCUUCGCUACGAUUCAUAUAGUACCUACAAAUCUAAAUAUGUUUUUUAAUUGAACACAUCUUUUGAGCAGUAGCUGCAGCAAAAUGCUAUAAUCAAACCGGGCUGAAGUAAAUAGACUACGGUAAAAUUAAAUUGUUAAUCAAACGAGCAGAAGGAAUACAGCAACAAUUUUCGUGGGAAAAAACUUCAAAAGUUGUUGAAAAUCUAUCUAAUUUUGCUGGUUGGCCAACAGUCUGGCUAGCAACGGGCCCAAAUUGCAUAACACCGAUUAUGUAUGUGAAACAAGUAUGUGCGUAAGUGUAAGUGAGUGUUUGUGUGUUAGUAUAUUGACGCAGCAGCGGUGGUGGAAUUGUAAAAGGCAACAAAACUCGUAAAUUGGAUCUGAGCAGCGCGCGGGCAAAAGCGAGAAGCGCUGAGUGGCGACAAAAAUUAAGGGGAAUAGCAAACGACGAAACAAAUAAGAAAGAGCAAAAUCGAUGAUGAAAUCCGUCCAUAAAAUAAACAAAAAGCCCGAACGCAGUGGUGUUAUACUACGGAGGAGUAUACCAGCUUAAAAAUUAGUAGUAGCAUUUAGAACAAUCUAAGUAACAUAUGUUUCAAACAUAUGGGUUCUUUAAUAUCAGAUAUCUUUGAUAACACCGAGGUGAUGGAUAGCUGAUCCGCUAUUUGUUUGAUGCUUGUAUACAUGUACAUAGUUACUAAUUGGAUUCAUGCAGGGAACAUUAAAGGAAGCUACAGCUACAGACAUAGCGAUAAAUGCAGGUGUAAACGUCGGUUCAUGUAUGCGCAUUAGUGUGGUGAUUUUAGGUAUGUGAAAGGAGUCAACCAGGCGUAAACGCUGUCUUUUAAAUCAGAAUUCGGAGUACUAAAGUAGUUGGCUAAGAGAAUAAUGCCACAACGGAAGCAUUAACGUGUCACAAUAGCUUUGGAAUUGCAAGCAGAAAAAAUAGAUGAGGCAGUACUAGUGGACAUUAAUCGCGCAGUACCUCCAAGCAGCAAAUUGACGUCCAAAGCGACGCUUACUCUUACAACAACAAUAACCAGAUAACCGAGUCCGCAUCACCGAGCAUUAUUCACCACACUUGCAUAUCUACUACAGUUCACGCCGUUGUUGCAGCCACCACACUUCGCUGCCCAAGCAAAAAGCCACGCAGAGCAAAGUGCAGCGGUGCUUAUCCAAAAAGAUUGUCAAUUGGAAAAUGGUAAUAGUAUGCAAGUGCUAUUUGUGAAUCGUUCAGCAUAAAAUUCAUCAUAAACAGCCUUAAAGUAAAUAAAGUUUUGGAUGAUUGCUGCUAAAUAGAAACGCGAUAUACUCGUAUAAAAUUUAGUCAAAUUAGAUUUAAAGACGUAACCCAUCAGUAUUUAUCAGUCGGCUCAGCGAACGUGAGGGUGAGCAGGAAAGAAAGUGUUAAAACGCGCAACUAACUUGCUGUGUGCGCGAGAGUGAGCGAGUUCAAACGAGCGAACUAGUGGUGAAGACAAGUCAACGACAGCGUAAACUAGGGAUAUUGAGCGUGCGAGCAAGUGCGUAGCAUUCAUUUGUAUCUUUGAAGUAUCAGCGUACUCGUUCGUGCGUAUGCAUAAAGUGCGAGGGAAACUGCACUCAUCCAAAUUGGAGUAAACCAAGCGCCGGGCGCUGCCUUCCUGUCUGCUGCUGUGCCUGUAGCUAAACAGAGCCAACAAACAACAUAUCAUCGGCUCCAUAGCAGAGUAGCGCAGCGAAGCGACAUUCGUAUUCAUCGGUCAAAUCGGUCGGGAUAUGGCCGUGUUCUUAAUUAACAUCUGCAAAUUUAAUGGCUGCGGGAUCACAUUUCCAAGUUUAGGCGACUUAAUACAACACAUUGAGGAUACGCAUAUCGACUAUGAUCCCAAAGUGGUCGAACAGAAAGAGCAGGCGCAGCCUGCAUGUUUACCGUUGAGCUAUGUAUUGCGUUUCAUAUCGGAAGAUGGGCGUAAAGAGAGCCCAUUUUUAUCCGCCAACAGUACGGGCGUUGAACUUAAGCGGAAGUUGGCGAUCAAACAUCACAGUUACAGUAUGUCGUCGUCAAAUCGCAGCAAUACGCCCACUGGCAGUGAAAUGGACGAUGAUGAAAUGGUUGUCUCAGAGUCGGAGGACAGCAAUGAUUCUUGGACAACUGAGGAGUUCAGUUCCGAGUUCAUAAUGCGUUACGGGAGCAGGCAUUCCGGAACCGGCAGCAAUGGGACACCGGGCAAUGAGAAGCCGUUUGCGUGUCCUGUGCCUGGUUGUAAAAAGCGUUACAAGAAUGUCAAUGGCAUCAAAUAUCACUCGAAGAACGGCCACAAAAAGGACGGAAAAGUUCGCAAAGGCUACAAAUGUCACUGCGGCAAGAGCUACAAAACUGCUCAAGGCCUGAAGAACCACGCUUUGGUGGCACACAACUCCUCGCCUGAGAGCGUUUUGAGCACACAACAUACGGCUAAUAUGACUGCUAACAACAAUGGGACCAACGUUAAUGUGGGCUCAGGCAUUAUUUUGCAACGCAGCAGUUCGCCCUCGCAGUCAUUGGGUUCCCUCAGUCCAUCCAGCAUCAGCAACAUGUCAAGCAGUGCCAGUAGCUGUCAUGGCAGUGCUACCAGCAACACUCAUAACGGCAACAGUAACUCUGCUGGCAACAAUAAUGUUGGUAACAACAACACAACCGGCGCCGUCACCAACAAUGUGUUGCACCAGUUGGCUAAUAGUACACUUGGCAACGGAAGUCCCAAUGUGGUUGCCACCACAAACGGGGUUGGACUCAGCUUGCAUCAUCACCAACACCAUGCACAGCAGCAGCAGCAACAUCAGUUUAGCAAUCAGCAGCAGCAGCAGCAACCGCAACUACACAGCAUUGGAUCGUCCGCAGCAGCUACAUCAGGUAACAAUAACAAUUUAGGGCGCAGCAGCAGCAGCAGCGGCAACACUACUGGCAUCAGUGGCAAUGGCCUGCUCACAGCACAAGCAGCAACUAAAACUGCGACUGCAGCUACAAACUUGUUGGCCGCUAAUGCAACGGCGAGUAAAAUACUCAAGUUGGCUACCAAUGCCGCGGCACAGGCAGCAGCAGCUGCAGCCGCAGCCAAUGCUGUUGGUACAGUUGAUAUCAUUGCACAGCAGCAGCAACAACAACAUAAGCUGCAAGCAAUCGUUGAUAAAGUACAGUCAAAACAGCAACAAAGUACAGCGACUAAAAUUGCGCUGCCAAAUUUGGUAAACUUAGGCAUUCUCACCCCGGCCACUUCGCCUACGAAACCACCUACGCAGGCAAUGACAUUUACGCAACAACAACAACAACACCCAACCCAACAACAAGCACAG